AUGCUCCCAGAAACUAGACGCAAUGAACGUAUUCAACGUGACGAAGUGGAGCGACUGCUUAGAAACCCAUCAAAUAAACCCGAGCGAAUGCUUUUCUUUCUGGAUACCAGAUAUACCAGUGAGGGAGAACUGAGGAACUCCAGCCGUGUCAUGCCUGACAUUCACAUUGUUUCCGGACCUGCCUUACCAAAUUCGAGAAGUGGACCAUUCCUGCCGCUGAAUCUGUCCAAUGCGAACUCCUGGGCUCACUCUGUAAUGUUGCAAAUACCCAUGGUUCGCCUAGUAUAUCCGCGACGAGUUCGGUACACUUGCAUACAAGUGGGAAGAAACGUGAUUGUUCCGGAGGACAUCAGCGGACUGAUUGUGAUGGCCAUGAUAGUGAACCCCGAAAUAGACACCCUAAUGGGCCUCGACCCCAUCAAAGCCAUGUCCCUCAUCCUGCGUAUUGCCAACUACUUUCUCCACUGA